UUCUCGGAUGUCCGAUAUUUGGAUAAUCUGAGUCUGGAUGUUGCCACAAUCACGGUCAUGUCCGUGUAGUGGUGAGAGCAUGCGCGCCCCGAGCUCUGUCUCCCUUCCGAGUCGAUCGCCCAUCCUUGUCUCGGAAAACUUUCCGGUGAUGAGCUUUGUUGGUCGUUUCCCCAGCAGGACGGAAAAGUUAAAUGCGAAAGUUUUAUCCGAUAUCCAGUGCCUUUGCGCCCCUGGAAAAAGGAUGGCGUCGAAGAAAACAAGACAAAAUCACUCGAUACAGCAUCUGCUCGAAUUACCAUCGAAUCGGGAGUCGAAAUUAUCGCGGUUUCCCGUGAAGGAGCACAUUCAACUACCUACACCGCCCAUGCCAACCCCUCGCCAAGUCCCGGUGACCGUGUUGCAUCCCUCCCCUAAAAAGUUAUAUCUGAGCAAAACACGGCAGGCUGCCUUCUCGGCCGAUUUGCAGCAGUCUCUCUCACGAACAGUCAGUCCAACCGCACGCCAGCAAGAGCCGUCCCUAGCGAGGCGGGACUAUCCCCGCCAAAUCAUGAACAAGGUGGACGAUCGAGUCAGAUCUCCGGGAACAUCACGAUGCCUGACUGCUACUGCCAUGUCGCUUUCCAUCUCGCCCUCUAGCCCCGAAGAACCUGUUACGCUGGUGGAACUGACCAGCGUGCCGGGCGGACAGAAUGCGAUGGCUCAUCUCAAAAAGCGGAAGUUGGAAGCAGAGUCGGUCACGCAGAAUCCUAAACAAAUGCAGCAGCCGUCGCAACAGUCGCAGCAGCAAUUGUUGAUUAGCAAGAAGGGCCUGCAGACGAGCAUGCCGCAAGAGAUGGAGUCGACUGACGCCGCCACGAAACGGAGGAGGAAAAGCGUUCGUGAUGAUGACGUGCGAAAGACGAUCGACGUUGUUGACCCUAAUAAAAACAUACCAUUACCCCAGAAGAAGCGUGCAUUUGCAUCCGGUAACUCGGGUAGCCCUGCUAGGAAGUCGAGCAAACACAGCGAAGAACCCGAGGAUGAUGAGACUCUUAUAAGAGAAACAGAAGCCGCCUUGAAGAGUUUGUCAGGCAGCUGGCCGGGACCUAGAGGGUCUCUGUAUCAAAGAGGUAAUUCGGAUGAGGACAGAUACGAGUCCAACUUUGAGAAUCUUUUUGAAGAAAAAAAAAAUCCUAAAUUAUCGCCUUCAUCGAUAUCAACGUCUUCGAGUACGAGUAACGAUACCGGUUGUUCACUCAAGGAUGUAAUAACUCUUCGCGGACAGCACGACCGAUCGGGUAAAAUGCAGCAGCAGAAUAAGCAGCAAGAUUCAAAGCAACAACAUCCGACGAAAAUUAAGAAAGACCUAGACAAUUUGCUGAAGAUAGAGAACGAAUGUGCGAACAUUCAAUCUCAAGUUAACAAUGUUAAUCAAAAUGAACCACCGAAGAUCCGACCGAUUUCCGUUCGAUCAUUGUCAAGUAAAGAGAGGAACGAGAGGAACAUGAUGGGCACACACAUUGACUCUCAGGGAAGACAAUCGGAUAAAUAUUCUAGAUACGAUCCACCAGAUUUUAACGAAUUAGUUGAUGAUUCGUCUAACGAGUUAGAAAUUGACAUGUCGGAUCCAGCCGCUGACAAGGACGAGAGUGAUCGGGACAGAUCGAACGAUCGGGAUCGGACAUGCAAAAACGGUCAAUCGCUUCAAAAUAUCAGCAGGCAACACCAGCAACAUCAUCAACAGCAUCAAACACUUUACACGAAUUAUCAAAGACAAUAUAACGAUACCAAUAUGAAAGUUUCACCUACGGGAACUUCGUCGUCUUCGUCACCGCCAGUGAGUUCUCCGUUUUCGGCAACAUCUGCUUUCAGACCUCCUAAUACGGACCAUUCAAAAACAUCAUGUCGCACCUCUUCGUCGGUUCCGGUAGCCUCGUCAGCGAUUCUACCAAUCGGUCCGUAUCCAGCCGCUGCUACAUUCGUGGGAUAUCCGACUCCCGGACCGACGAUGCCAACGCCGCAGCCUGUAGCCGGCAUCUCGCCCACGUCUGAGGACAAGCAUUCUACGCUGCUGCAGCUGAAAUCUUCGAAAGAAGAGAAUCAUGACGUAACCUCUAAUUCUGUGUCUCCUAGCAAAAGUCCAACCAGCGGUCCACCUUCCGUCACGAGUCCCGACUCUUCGAAACAGUACACGAUCCUUCAGCCCGCGGGGGUGGGCUCCAGAGCAGCCAGUGCGAUUCAGGAUAUCGCGAGGGAAGGGGUGGUGAGUGUUGCAGCUGUGAGCAGCUGCAGCACCACGAAUAACGGCAGUGCGAGCAACGUCAACACCGCGAACGCAAAUGGCAACGGGGUGGUCGGCAAUAAAACUACCAACGGGAACAACGGCGCUAAUGACAGCAGCAGUACUGCGAAUCCUGCCGGGAAUCCUAAUGCAAACAGCAUCGCCAGCAUAACCAUUACGACCGUGUCGACGACCACCACUACGUCUAGCCCAACAGUCGCUGUUGAUGUGCCUUCGGUGAAUGGUCAGCAGGACAAUAUCAUGAAAAUGCCAGAGAGGCCCGGCACCUUCGACAGUAGCAGACCGGGAAUGUCUAUGUCUCCGUCCAGUCUCAGCAGAGAGGGCAACAAGUGCCCGACCCCAGGCUGCACGGGACAGGGUCACGUGACCGGACUCUACUCUCACCACCGCAGCCUUUCUGGAUGUCCACAAAAGGAUAAAUUAACUCCAGAGAUUCUGGCGAUGCAUGAGACCAUAUUGAAAUGCCCGACGCCUGGUUGCAACGGCCGCGGUCAUGUCAGCUCCAAUCGGAACACACAUAGGAGUCUGUCCGGAUGUCCCAUCGCCGCGGCCAAUAAGCAGGCCGCACGCGAGGCACGACAAAAGGCUCAAGUGCCAGGAAUACCACCAGAGUACAUCAGUACAAAUUUGUUACCUCCAUCAAUGGACACGAAAAGUUACUCGCAAUAUGGUUCUGCAACACAAGAUACGAAACCCGUACUGAGCAGCUUGACCUACGAUUAUUAUUCGUCGACGACGAAAAACGCCGGCAUUAACGUGAAACCUCCGAAGACGCCGGAGGACAACAGCACGUCGCGUCCCGCAAAAGUGCCCAAAACGGAGAACAUGACUCUUAGCAGCAGUUGCUGCAACACAUUAUCUAUGAGGAAUCAAAAUACGGGUGAAUUGUUGGUCCCGAAGACAGAGGAUGCCGCGUCCUGCAGAGUGAACUCGCCUCCGCCACCGCCACCUCCCGCGGUACGACAGACGUACGAUUCCUACAUGAGCCAAGACUCGAAUUCCUCAUCCAUGUCAUCCAUGGACACGAUGGGCUCGAGACCAUCCAUAGGAGCGACCAUUCAUCAUCCUGGUCAGCAUCCGACUCACCAUGUAUUACCGAUGCAGCCGGUCGCUUAUCCGAUGCCAAUGGUGGAAGAUACCAGAAUGAGUCAUCAAAUGUCCCAAAGAUCUCCUUACGAGCCUACUGCCAUGAUGGCCGCAGCAGCGGCUGCGGCGGCUGCCGCAACUACCACGGAGGAGCUUUAUCAUCAUAGAUCAACCGAACACGCGAGGGCGUACAUGCAUCCUGGUGCUAGCAACAUCGCACGACCUGUAGUGACAUAUUCCAAUGACAUUACAGCUGGUAGAGGCUACGAGAAUGCUGUAGUUAGCGCUGCCAAUCAUCGGCCCUAUGAUCCGGGUACUACUGCGCCUUAUGAGAGAUAUGACACGCAAUCUUGCGCACCGAUCCCGUCUCAGCAACAGCAGCAACAACAGCAACAACAACAGCAACAACAGCAGCAGCAGCAGCAGCAGCAGCAGCAGCAACUUCAUUCGAGGGCGAAUAUGUAUUAUUUAGGACAAACUGGAAUGACACCAGAGGAACAGGAACGAGUUUAUCAUCAAGAAGCUGCGGCAGCCGCGCAGCAGCAUCAGAUGGCGAUGGCCGCUGCAACGGCAGCUGGGAUGAUAAAGACUGAAGAUGUGAAGUGCGUUACGGUCGCGCAGAUGCAACAGAUGCAGAAACCUGGUGGACCGCCUACUUCACCUGGAGGAUCGGUUAUGGAUUUGUCUACUUCCAGUGUUACCUCCACUAGCCCACAGGCGCCGCCCUAUGGUUCGAAUAGCCUGAGUCCACAAUAUGGAGGAGGACAAACGGUGGGAAAUAGUCCUCAGGCUGCAGCGAGUCCUCACUUGACGGCUAGUCCUCAAGUUCCUAGUCCUCAGGGCCAGACUCUCGACCUUAGCGUCAAUAGACUUCAUAGUGGUGCACCCAGUCCGCAGUAUUCUACUGGCCAUGGAGAAGCUGUCGCGGUUCCGGUGGGCCCGGGUUUUCCACCGCCACGACCAAUCGAGGAACAGACGGAGCCCGUUGAUUUCUCAACGGCGAACGAGCCGGUCAAUUUCAGCGGGGGUCCAGGGAUCAGGCCUGUACCCGGGUUUCCGCCGCCUGGAGUGCACGUCACGGCGUAUAGUCGCGAGAGCACGCCCGACAGCGGGGGUUCCCACUACAUGGACGCCUACCGAGAUCCUACCGGUUAUGGACCUAUGAGUCCUCAUCCAGGAUAUGGAAUGACCGGCGUACAACCUGAAUAUCCUGGAAACACAUAUACCCCUUAUCCGACUGCAGGCUACAAUUGUAGUGGAACUUACCCUGGUGGUCCAGUGACUUCCGGUUAUCAGAUUCCAGCGGGUUACACUCCGGCACCAUGCUAUAGUAUGCCACCCCCGCAGCACACGGUUGGACCUCUCGAUAAACCAUCCGGCAAGGAUGACAGUAUGAGUGUGAGGAGGUAUUCGUUGAAUUUCGCACCUCGGCCCGCCCCUCGUGGUCGCGAUGGCAAGGAGCUGAUACAGUGCCCCACGUCGUCCUGUGAUGGCAUGGGUCAUGUCUCAGGGAACUACGCUACCCACAGAAGUCUUUCUGGAUGUCCACGAGCUGAUCGCUCGCAAAUCCAGGCGCACUCUCAAGAACUCAAGUGUCCUACGCCAGGAUGCGAUGGUUCUGGACACGUCACGGGAAAUUAUUCGUCGCACAGAAGUUUGUCCGGCUGUCCACGGGCCAACAAGCCAAAGAGUAAACCUCGAGAUGGUCAAGAUUCUGAACCUCUGAGAUGUCCAAUCCCGGGUUGCGACGGGUCCGGUCAUGCCACUGGCAAAUUCUUGUCACAUCGCAGUGCAUCUGGAUGCCCGAUUGCAAACAGGAACAAAAUGCGGGUGUUGGAAUCUGGUGGUACGGUGGAGCAGCACAAGGCGGCCGUGGCUGCCGCGACGGCCAUGAAGUUCGAGGGUGUCAAUUGCCCCACACCCGGAUGCGAUGGACUCGGUCACAUAAAUGGCUCCUUCCACAGCCAUAGGUCCUUAUCGGGCUGUCCGAUAGCUAGCCACGCCGUGAAGAAACCGAAAUCGGAGGACAAUAUGAGCAUGUACAGCAGAGGAAUCACCGGGUUGGAAGCCGGUGGUCCGGCUUACGGAGGUGCGGUAGGCACGGGUCAGGGUAACUCGAGCGGUAGCGGGACCGACGGUGGCGAGGAUCUCUGCACACUGGAGGCUGAGAUCACCGAGCUCCAGAGAGAGAACGCCCGGGUCGAGUCGCAAGUCUUGCGCUUGCGCUCGGAAGUCACCGCCAUGGAGAAUAAACUCCAGCACGGAGAAAAGGAAACCACAACGAUAGUUCAGCGCAAUAAUAAUCUGACCGAGUACUAUCAGUCGCUGCGCGACAACAUGAUCACUCUGCUGGAGCAAGUACGAUUACCGAACGGCCCGGGCGGACCGCAGGAGAAAAUAGGCCAUGAGAACUUCGACAGUUACCUGACGAAGCUGCAGACUCUGUGUACCGCCGACGGCUACUGCGCCGACGAAAGCAACCGGCCGAUUUACGAGACGGUGAAGACUGCUCUGCAGGAUUUCACGGUCCUGCCGACACCCAUCUGAGACCAUCCUUAAAGAUCGACGAUCGGGUACUGAGCAUCGUUCUCGGGACUUAUGCGACCAAGCGAUCCAGCGUACUCGUGACACAGAUCGCAGUCGUUCCGCUCUCGUCUAUCUAUCGAAUACGAGUGAACGAAACGGUACGAGAAAACGAUGCCCAGUUUCCCAUGCACGAGCAUAUACGUGAGACACGUGUAAAUCAACACCUAAGAGAGGAAGAGAAUUACGUCGAUCGUGACCGAGCUUCGCGGAUCGGCCUACGACCUGGGAGAAAUCCGACACUUCGUGAGACGCGUGUGACUCAUCCGAAUGCCGCGGCGAAUCCGGCCGUGCGUCACGGGUACCUACAUACGUACAUCGCUCGCGUGAAUUUCGGACUACGUCACUCGACAACGUCAACUCGCUAUCACGUGCGAUCGUCGGAUGACGACGUUGGUGAAAGUUGUCACAGCUGGUCGAGCACGAGCCGACCAGCCUGCUGUAGGCUGCUUAGGAAACGCUAUAACGGCAUCUAACCGGUUCGAUGGCUCCGUCGGAGCAUCCGCGAAAUUAUAAGCUAGAACGGACUAUUAUUUACGGGACUACGUCGUGAUCCCGUAAUGAUAUAUCUUUUGUACAUAAUGAUGUCUGCGUCAAAAAGUAUCACACGAUCGGCGGCGAUCGCUAUCGCCGCUUAUGUACAUACAUAACAACGGGAGAAAUUGCGUUUAUAUAUUAUUCGACAGGUUGAUGGUUACCGCUCUAAGUCGUGUAAAGAUGAUUAAGUUAGCUGUAUAUCGGAUUCUUGCCACACUUAACGCUGUAUAACUGUUAUUACCAUUUAAGCGAGGUCAGCGCGCGACUUAUCGAGGGCCGGCGCGCCCAUCAAUGACGCUUCUCUGCUAAAAAUCGAAGGCUACUUAUAAAUCAAUUUAUCGGCUAACUAUCUACCAGCUAGUCACUAUUAUUUAUCAUUAUUAUUAUUAUUAUAAUUACUAUUAUUACUAUUACUGUAAUUGUUACAAUCAGCCAGAUCGUUUUUAGCGGCUAAUUCAAUCGUCAUUAUUGCUACCACUACUCUUACUACUGUCGAUAAAAUAUAGUCACGAAGUAUACCAACGUAUUUAUAUAAUAUUAUUGAGUCUAUAAGAAAAGUAAAGUGCGACGCGUUGUCCAUAGGCUGUACAUAGUCACAGAGAUAUACAAUUAUUAUAAGGACAAAAAUCGCUGGCGAUAACGAGCUGCGAUUUUAAUAGGAUGACGAAA